CAGGGUGCGGGAUUAUGGCUCUCAGAUAUUUCUGCACUACAAAUAUUUCGACCAGAUAUCAUGAUGUUUCUGAUAAAACUCUUGUUCCAUCUUCUUUUUCUGUGACAAACUCACGCAUGCACAGUUCCACCCCAGAGACAAACACCAAGAACAAGUCUACUGCUGAUAACUUGAAGAGCCUGGUCAACACUCUCGUGCUUCCUUCCAUUUCAUCUUCUCCACUUCACUCUCUCCACAAAGGUAACUGGGUCAAGCUCAUUUGUGGUGCAAGCUUUGAGGAUGUUGUUGAUAUCAGAAAUCUCAGCCUGGUUUACACUCUUGCUGGAGUUGACUGCAUUGACUGUGCUGCUGAUGCAUCAGUUGUUAGUGCCGUGAAUGAAGGAAUUGAAGCUGCAAGAGAUAUCGUGUGCCUUAGAAGGCCGUGGGUGAUGAUCAGUGUCAAUGAUGAUAAAGAUCUUCAUUUUCGAAAGGCCGAAUUUGACCCAGAGGAGUGUCCAGCAGACUGUUCACGGCCUUGUGAAAAUGUGUGCCCUGCUAGUGCAAUAUCAUUCCGUGGGAAAUCUUCGGGAAUUUCAUAUAAUACUGAAGCACCAAGUGUGCUGAAGGAUGGAGUCAUAACAGAACGCUGCUAUGGCUGUGGUCGCUGUCUUCCAGUUUGCCCCUAUGAUAAAAUAAGUGGGAAAUUUUCCAGUUCCAUCUGUGAUUAUAUGUUCUUAACUCGAGAGGUAACAUAUGUAAGAGAUGCUAUUACAACUGCUGAUCUAAUCCUGAGAGAUGACGUUGAUGCUAUGGAGAUACAUACAAGUGGAAGACAGAGUACUUUGUUCAAACAACUCUGGAGUGCUCUGGGAGAUUCAGUACAAAAUUUGAAGCUUAUAGCUGUUAGCUUACCUAAUGGUGGUGAUUCAACAAUAUCCUCCAUGAACUAUAUGUUCUCCAUCAUGAAACCCAAUCUUCAAAGCUUCAACUUAUGGCAGUUAGAUGGUCGUCCUAUGAGUGGAGAUAUCGGGAGAGGAGCAACAAAGGAAUCAAUCGCCUUCGCUGUUCAACUAGCUAAAGCAAAAGAAAGACCUCCUGGUUUUCUUCAACUUGCUGGUGGAACCAAUGCUCACACAAUUGAAGGGUUGAAAAAAGAGGGACUCUUUCAAACAACUAUCAGUGAAUAUUUGCAUGGUGAUGAAUCAGCAAUAAACUCAUCUGAUUCACCACAUGCUUUGAUUGGUGGCAUAGCAUACGGUGGCUACGCACGAAAGAUUGUUGGUAGAGUAUUGAGAUCAAUGCAAUCAGAACAUGGUGGAGCUGCUUCAAUUGAGGAUCAUUCUGAGUAUCUCUUGAUGGCUCUUAAGGAAGCACUUGCUUUGGUGGGGCCUGUUAAAUGUCUAUGAUCGAUGGCAACUUCACAAUCACCCUUCAUAGCUGUUUUUGAAAGUGUAGUGUUUACCAAAGAAGAAUAGAAACUUGUUAAAAAGUAAUAAACUAUUCUCAAAUAUAAAUUUUAAUUUACAUUUCUAAUCA